AAGUUGAACGGAAGUGCGAUUGCGCACGGAUCUCCCUUUUGAACAUUGUUGGAAUUGAUCAACAUCUAUUGCUUCAAUCGAUCACUUAACAAAUGCCAAAUUGGGCAAAUAACAUUUACCAUAGUGUGAGAAAUUGAAAUUAACGGAUUGUUUAUUGCACAUUGGCUCGAGAUUUGUAGACUAUUUACUUAAUCAAAGAGAAUACUGGCUGAACAAGAUGGCCAGCUGCAAUUUUCAGGCGCAGUUGGUCUCCUUAAUGGAGGUUUUAGCUAAAGCAGCUGUAGCAGAAAUAAACCAACGUGUAGAUGAUAGCUGUGCUGUUAUACGUUUGGAAAUGACCCAAAGCCAGCGAGAUAUUGAUUUACUGAAAAGGAAGUGUCAAGUGAUGGAGAGCGAGCUGAAGAAAACACAACGAGUCAGGAGAAAAGGUUUUUACCCCAUGGCAUCAGAGAGAUCUUCAUAUCCAGUCAAGAUUGUUUUGAACAGGCAGAGGAGUAGCUCACAGUGCAGAGACGAAGAGCUGGCUGUUGAAGAAGACUCUCAACCCCAGCCUACAGAUGUGGAGCAGAGAGUGGAGACUGAACCCAUACUGAUCAAAGAUGAGGAGACAGCAGAGGAUGUGUGGAAGACUGACCCUCAUGAAGAGCUCAGGAUCACUGGAGAGGAGUCUGGUUCCAAGCCUGGGAAACCACCAUCCUUUGAGCAACGGCUCUGUGGUGAGGACUUCAUCACACAACCCAGCAUAUCUCCCAGAGACUCAGUGGAACAUUACCCCAAUUCUGAUCGUCCAGAGGAACCAGGAACACCCCGGCUCGCAUCUACAGAGGUAUUCAGUACAGAGCAGCACCGGCCAGACGAGGACGACGACUCAUUAGACCUAGUGAUGGUGAAGGAUGAGAAAGAGGAGGAGUUAGAUCAGACCACGGUCCUGACAGGAUCUGACCAGUUUGUCAUGGAUGAGACUGAUGGGCAGCUGUGGACCUCUGUGGGUCCAGGCAGAGACACUGACCCUGAUGGCCACCCAGAUUUCUCCUUUCAUUCCACAGAAGAGUACUCUCAGAAUAUCUCAAUGGUCCCAUCUCAUAGUGGGCUGCCAUCUGUUCCUACUAUGACAGGUGAAGUAGGGCCAUCGCUUCACUCUUCUAUAUGGAAACCACAUGCUAACAUGUUCAGUGCAGCAAAACACAUGACAAGACAUGUCAGGACAUUGGCUAAUGAGACUAGACAACAGAUGCCAGAGGGACAGAGCAGUGAGAUGCUGAACUCAAGUAAUGAAGGAAAUAGUUUAGCUCUACAGCCAAGGCAGCAUCAAUACAGGGCUUCAGAAGCAACAGUGAGAUUGAGUGAGUGCACGACAGGGUCAAACAUGGCCACCACCUCCACCUUCUCUGGAUACAGCCUGAGUCACAGUAGUUUUAACAUGGUGAAGAGAAUGAGGACUCAGUGGAGAUCAGGUGGCACCACCGAGAGGCGUUUCAGCUGCACCUUCUGUGGUAAGAGCUUCCAGCGUUUCAGCGAGCUCAAAGUACACCUCCGGAGUCACACCGGAGAGAAACCGUACACCUGUGAACAGUGUGGCAGGAGUUUUACCCAGCAGUGCAACUUGAUCAGACAUGCUCUGGUCCACACCGGGGAGAAGCCCUACAAGUGCACACAGUGUGGGAAAUGCUUCACCCAGCGCUCCAAAAUGAAGUCACAUCAAAGAACUCACAUAGGGGAGAGUCCAGUGUCUCAAUACGGGGCACCCACAUACCCUGCGGAUCCACAAACAAGUUUAAUGUUGCCUCAGAACAGAUGGAACAAAUAGUUCAUAAUAUCAUUUCAUCACACUUUCUAUGUGAAAAUGUGGUACAGAAAGUAUUUUGAGACAUGUUGAUAAGCUUUUUCUUCCAAUUGAUUUGUGAAAGGAUUUUCAUGUUUGACUCUUGUCUGCUCCUCGUUUUCAUUUUAACAACUUAUUUACAACUGGUAACAAUGUGUAUUUCUACCACAAAAUCAUAAAACCAUAUUCUAUUCAAUCAAACUGAUUUAAUGAACGAGUCAAUCUGUGCUUUUAGAUCAAUAAUACAGUGCCUUUGGAAAGUAUUCAGACCCCUUGACUUUUUCCACAUUUUGUUAGGUUACAGCCUUCUUCUAAAAUUGAUUACAUUUUUAAAAAAUCUCAGCAAUCUACACAAAAUAC